GGACCCCCGACCGGCACUGGGAGCCCUCCCUGGCACAGGGAUGCCCCUCGGGGAAAGGACGCUGCCCCGGCACCGGGAACCCCCCAGCAGGGAUCGGGACCCCCCUGGACCGAGAUUCUCCUGGCCAGGACUGGGACACUCCCCUGGAACUGGGACUCUUCGACCAGGUGUCUCGGCGUGGCCAGGCGCUGCUGAGCUGCCCCGGGACGCCCUUCCAGGGUGGGAACGUGGCUCUGCCGCCGGCACGGACGGACAUGAGGACGGCGGAGGACUCGAACGGGACGGUGCUGCACCGGCUGAUCCAGGAGCAGCUGCGCUAUGGGAACCUCACGGAGAACCGCACUCUGCUGGCCAUCCAGCAGCAGGCUCUGCGCGGCGGCGGGGCCGGCAGCCCCCGCUCCUCGCUGGAGAGCCUCAGCCCCGAGGAAAGCCAGAUGGUGCAGCAAUCCACGCGGCAGGAGCCGCAGGGCCAGGAGCAUCACUCCGACCACAUCUACCUGGAGAACAGCGUCUAUCGCCUCUGCCCGCCCAAGGGCGACGAGCUCCCCACCUACGAGGAGGCGAAGGCGCACUCGCAGCUGCUCGCCUCGCAGCGGGCGGCGGGCGGGGGGCUCCGGGCUGACAGCGGGGCCCGGCGCCCCGACGAGGGGCUCAAGGACCUGAAGCACGGCCACGUGCGGUCGCUGAGCGAGCGGCUGAUGCGGAUGUCGCUGGAGAGGAACGGGGCCAAAGCGCAGAGCCCCAUCAGCGCCUCGCACAGCUUCCCGCAGCUCUCCCGGCAGCUGGUCCCCCCGCGCGGGCAGCAGCAGCACCCCGAGGGCACGGAGCCGCGGGGACCGCCCCCCGAGUACCCCUACGUCAUCCCCAACCAGGAUGCUUACCUGGCUGAACCCCGACCCUGCUCGCGGGAAGGUCCUGGAUUUCAGCAUCCUGACAUCAGGGUGCUGCCCGCGCCGGUGCCGGCCGCGUUCCUGCCGCUGUGUCCGGGCGCCCUGGGCCCGGCCGGCGUGGAGGCGCUGGUGAGCGCCCAGGCGGUGUCAGCCGGCAGCCGCCUGGCCCGGGCGGACGCCGUCCUGCGGGACAACGAGCGGCUGCAGCGGGACAACGAGAAGCUGCGGCGGGAGCUGGAGAGCUGCGCCGAGAAGGCCAGCCCCCCCCCCCCCCCCGAGAAGGCCAGCCGCAUCCAGAAGCUGGAGAGCGAGAUCCAGCGCAUCUCAGAGGAUUACGAGAACCUCGUCAAGGCGUCUUCCAAGCGGGAAGCCUUGGAGAAAGCCAUGAGGAACAAGAGAGACUGUGAGAUGCGACGGCUCCAGGAUUUCAACCGAGACCUGAAAGAGCGGCUGGAAUCGGCGAACAAGCAGCUGGCCAGCAAGACCCAGGAAAACCAGGAGAGCAACCAGGGCAGCGUGGCCAAACUCCUGGCACAGAGCUACGAGCACCAGCAGGAGAAGGAGAAGAUGGAGCGGGAGAUGUCCCUGCUGCGCAGCGCCAACGAGGACCAGCGGCGGCGGGCAGAGCUGCUGGAGCAGGCGCUGGGCAGCGCCCAGGCGCGGGCGGCCAAGGCGGAGGCCGAGCUCCGCAAGAAGCGAGCCUACGUGGAGAAGGUGGAGCGGCUGCAGGCGGCGCUGGGGCAGCUCCAGGCCGCCUGCGAGAAGCGGGAGCAGCUGGAGCUGCGGCUCCGCACCCGCCUGGAGCAGGAGCUGAAGAUGCUGCGGGCUCAGCAGAGGCAGGCGGGCACCGCCAGCGCGGGGACGCCGGAGCUGAGCGCCCACACGCUGUCGGAGCAGCUGAGGGAGAGGGAGGAGAAGAUCCUGGCGCUGGAGGCUGACAUGACCAAGUGGGAGCAGAAGUACCUGGAGGAGUGCACCAUGCGCCAGUUCGCCAUGGACGCCGCGGCCACGGCGGCCGCGCAGCGCGACACCACCCUCAUCAGCCACUCCCCGCGGCACUCCCCCAACAGCAGCUUCAACGAGGACCUGCUCCUGGCCAGCCACAAGCACCAGGAGAUGGAGAACAGGUUAAAAGCCCUUCAUGCCCAAAUCUUGGAGAAGGACGCAGUCAUCAAGGUCCUGCAGCAGCGCUCGCGGAGGGACCCCAGCAAAGCCCUUCAGGGCUCCCUGAGGCCGGCCAAAUCCGUGCCCUCCAUCUUCGCUGCCUCUGCCGCCCCAAGCUGGCCAGGGGCUGGCCAGAGUGACCGGGCAUCCGAGGGCAGCUCCCAUGGCAGCACAGAGUCUCCUCCAGCAGGCAAAGCCACCACUGAAGGGACAGCAGUGUCCAGCACCCUUCCCUUGCCAUCCCACUCCAAGCACGGCAGCAAGGAUGGCAGCACGCAGACGGACGGAAUGGCCGGGAGCAGCGGGCAGGGCGAGGGCACCGCAGUGCUGGAGAGCUCGGCCACUGCCAGAGCCCCGGACCUGUCGGACAUGGUGGAGAUCCUGAUUUAAGGGCUGCACGGUGGCCUCUCCACCCUUCCUGCCAGCAUGUCGGGAUGGAGAAGCCUCUGGGAAGGAGGGACUGAGCCGGGAGCUCAGCAGUGUCCCCUGGCCGGUCUCAGCAGUGACUCUGGGCUGGGGAGGGUCACUGUCCCCGCACGGGUCCCCGGCUGCGCAGGGCGCGCUGGAGCCCGGGGACUCUGCGGUGGCUCCAUCCCCAUCCCGGCUCCAUCCCAGCUCCAUCCCCAUCCCAGCUCCCACCUCUGGGUCUGCACCCACCCAGGUGCUUGGCUUCCAACUGGAAAAUCCCUCUCUGACGGCCCGAACUGUACCCACGAGCUGAGGUCUCUGCACGAGGGCAGAGCUGGGAGGAUCCCCUGUGGCUCCACACGGCCAAGCCAAGCACCAGGAGCACCAAACUCCCAUCACCUGCAUCCAGCCUUUCCAUCACGAGGGCUUCGUGAUGGGGUGACAGUGAAGCAAAAAUGACAAUGGAGGGGAUGAAAGGUGGAGGAAAAGCGGAGGUGAAAGGCUCUGAGGAUGCUGAUGGAUGUGCCUCCCUUCUCCUGGCUGCAUCCCCUGGCUACUGGCAGCUGGCUUCUGCCCAUAGCCAGCACCAACAUCCCGCUCCUCAGAGCUUCCCAUCCUUGCCCUUCAUGUAAAUAUAUAUAUUUUUCUUUAUUUCUUUCCCCUUUCAACGUGUGCAUUUGCUGGCCAACUGCAUUUUUUAUUUUUCUCUCCCCAGACAUGUAAAAAAUGCGUUCGGUUCUCGUGCAUUGUUUACAGAAUGGAAAAGAAACAAAAAAUUAUGAAAGAGGAAAAAAAAAA